CCGAUGACGUUAUUAGUACAUAUCUUUGACUCACUGCUUCUUUUUACACUCUGGGGCCGUAAAGUAAGUAAAUAUCCGAGGAGUCGUAUUUUUAGUUUCAGAAAAGUUCGGGGGGAACAAAAUAAAAAGCAGCAGAAACGUUUUUUUAAUCGACGGCGUUGUUCAGCGUUUGAAACGUUCUUCAUCGUUUCAGUGAUCAUGGCUCUGUCAGACCAACAACUGCUUCAGAGGAUUAAUGAAACUACCGAAGCUCUGAGCUCUAGCGAACGUAGGAGUCUCCUGUACUUGUGUGGAAGCUUAGACGCGGACAACAGUGUGGCUCACGCCAAAGAACUGCUGAAAGCUAAACUGACGAGCAGCCCCACGGAGGACGAGCGCUUCCUGCUCGAGCUCAUGUUUCAGCUCAAACGCUUCGACAUCCUGAGAAAAGUCUUCGGAUUAAACCGAGACAGAGUGGAGGCGAUCCUGAGGCACAGCUGCAACCACGUUUUGCCCAGAUUCAGAGUCCUGAUGGUGAAUGUAAGUGAGGAUAUGGCCAAUGAGGACCUGAACAGUGUCAAAUUUUUAUUAAGUAAGAUGCUACCACGAGAAAAGAUGGACAAAGCCACGGAUUUCCUGGAUGUGAUUGUUGAAUUAGAAAAGCUGGAUCAAGUUUCAUCUGAAAGAGUGGACUUUUUAGAACAGUGUUUACAAAACAUUGGCAGGGUGGAUCUGGCUAAAAAAGUUCACAUGUACGAGACGUCAGGUGGGUCAUUUGAACAGUAUUCAGCCCCCCGAAUAAGUCUACAGCAAAGGCCCAGAGCUCCUAUUCAACACCCCAACUCAAACUUUUCACAUCCUGUUCACCGACCAAUUCUCGGACACUCCCACCGCUGUGUUCAGGAAACGACGCCGGCACCUGUGGCCACACAGCAGAACCAUCAGACGGCUCUGGAAUCGUACAACCUUCGCUCAGAUCCUCGAGGACUGUGUGUUAUUAUAGACUGCGUUGGUUAUGAUGGAGAUUUUUUGGAACACCGAUUCAAGGCUCUCCACUUCAGCGUGCUUGUCCACAAGUGGCUUAGCGUGACUGAUAUCCUGUCAACUCUCAGAGGGAUUUUUCACCACCGAGAAAACUGUGCAGUAGAUUCUUUCGUCUGUUGCAUCAUUAGCCGCAGCACAGUGACUCAUCUCCUGGGCACAGACUCCAACGUUGCCGGGCUACCUCUGGACACGGUGAGACGUCUGUUCACAGCUCAGGAGUGCCCAGUGCUGGCUGGCAAACCCAAGGUGUUUUUCAUCCAGACCUACAAGAUCCACGAGUCCCAAACCUUGUCGUGGACGAACCACAUGGAUGAAAGUCUAGAGACGGACGGGUAUGAUAGUCUGUGCCCUCAGGAUUUUGUGCCUACAGAUGCAGACAUUUUCUGGAGUCACUGUUGGACAGAUGAGUUUGAGCUGGCACAGGCUCAGCAUCACUCCAAUUACCUGAAGGCUCUGACAGACGCUUUACACAGAGGUCAAAGCAGGAAAUCAGAUCUACUUGAUAUUCAUACAGAGGUGAAUGAUGUCAUCUAUGAUCACAAUCAGAAGAAUCCUGGAGCAAAAUACCACAUUGAUGUGAAACACACUCUUCGGAAGAACCUUUACUUUGGAUAAAUGGUCUUUCCAAGCUUUUCUUUAGCCAGAGAAGAACUUUAUAUUAAAGUGACACCUCCUGGAGACCUGUGUGUGUGUGUGUGUGUGUGUGUGUGUGUGUGUGUGUGUGUGUGUGUGUGUGUGUGUGUGUGUGUGUGUGUGUGUGUGUGUGUGUGUGUGUGUGUGUGUGUGUGUGUGUGUAUAUAUGAAUGAAAGAUGAUGUAGAAAGUUUGUUUUUGAAUUCAUAUUGAUUUAAUUAGGAU